AUGAGGUUCUCUUCACGCAUUUUAUUCUCCCUCCUGUACUAUAUCUACGUUUCGCCUCUCGCCUUUGGAGCGGGCAUCCAAUACUGCCGAAAUGACCCGCCACUCUGCUUCGCAGUCGCCAGUAUGAAAAACAAUACAGCUGGAGGUCAUGAUAUUCAUCUUUCUCUUGUCAUGACACCGUCUAUCAACGGAGGUUGGGCAGCUGUUGGCAUUGGAAAUAAAAUGUCGGGCUCCUUGAUGUUUUUGGUGUAUUCAGAAAAAGGGCAAAAGGCACUAAUGACCAGUAUCCGUACUGUCGAAAGUCAUGAUAAUCCUACAUUGUUAAUGGAUCAUGGGAGGCAUGUCGAAAUGAUCAACAGUUCCAUCUCAUCCACAAGCUACCAUGCGCGUUUUGUAUGUUACUCAUGUGACCAUUGGUGGCGGACGGCGACUUCGAAGGAAGGAAAAACACAGUUCAUCUAUGCCGCAAACCGGAAACAGACGUUUGACACGGCCACAUCGAAUUCGGUUCUGAAAAUUCACGAUACCUACGGUGUUGUCGAAGGUGAUAUGGACAAAGCACUACUCUCCGAUCCACACGAACCCUUACCGGCAAUCAGACCUGGUGAGACUUCGGGAUUUGAGCUGAAAAACGAGAAUGGGGUAAUAAAAUCGACCCCGAAGUCUUCUACCCAGCAAUCGCCCUGGCUAUCUCCAGGGCAAGUCCAUGGCAUUGUCAUGGUUUUUGUUUUUAUGGGUCUUUUCAUGCCAGGUGCAAUAAUCAUCCGAUUGCCGCUAGUCCGUGCGUUCAGGUAUCACUGGGCCAUUCAGGCAUGUGCGUCACUGCUUGCCUUAGGAAGUGCCGCAUAUAUGGCAGUUCGAUCAACGCAUUUUGACCUGCACAAGAUUCUUGGCAUCACAGUGGUAGGCUCAUUGCCGCUUCAGGCAAUGGUGGGUUAUAAGCACCAUGCAAUAUUCAUGCGAAUUCAUCGGCAGUCUGUGUAUACGUCAGUGCACAAGUGGGCCGGGCGUGCCCUCUUGCUCUUGGGGUCCCUUAAUGUGGGGUUUGGUCUCUCUCAUAGCAGGCGAUCUACAGGAGCAAUUCUUGCGUGGUUCAUUAUCUGGCUUGUUGAGAUCGUAGGGAUUGUAUGGAUUUUGCGACGAAAACGACAAGAGAGGCAACAGCAACGGGGACAGUUGGUGCCGAAGGACGAGCCUGAAAAUGGAUUAAUUAGCUCUCAAGAAUUCGAAAUAGGUGAUUCAGACAGCUCUGAUUCGGAAGACGGGCUAUGA